AUGGCUUUCAUUGACUAUUCUUUGCACCUCAUCUGGGUCUUCCUAGUUGGUCUUGGAGUGCUUAUUUUCUUCUUCCUCUGGUCGUACUUUGUAACAUACAGCCAUCUCCGCAGUAUUCCUGGACGAUUCCCAUCUCAGUUCACCAAUGCUUGGGCGUUCUACCACUCAUACAUUGGCAAUUCUGUUCAAAGUACUCACAGGCUGCACGAGGAAAAGGGCAAGGUAGUACGUAUCCAACCGAACCAUGUGAGCAUCGCCGAUGACCGCGCCAUUCCGUUGAUAUAUGGCCACGGCAAGAAUUUCCAUAAAUCAGAAUUUUAUGACGCAUUUCCUGCCGACAAAGACUCAGCGACCAUGUUCGCUUCUCGUGAUCCAGCCGAGCAUACCUAUAAACGCCGACUGCUGGCACACGCGUUUUCCUCCAAUGCUUUGGCUCAGCUGGAACCAUUGAUUUACAGACAUGUCGAGUUGUUUCUGAAGAAACUUGACAGGUUCACCGGACAGCCUCUUGAAGGUGAUGGCAUAGGCGAUAAGGCUAACGAUCGGACCCCCUUUAACGUUGUCGACUGGAUGCACUACCUCACAUUCGACGUCAUUAGUGACCUUUCCUUUGGUAAACCGCUCAAAAUGCUGGAGAAUGAAGCAGAUCUAGCAGAAAUAAAAGUAUCGCCCGGCAGCCCUCCUGUUUAUGCUAAGGCAAUCGAUGCCCUUGAUCAUCGAGCACGAGCUACCACUGCUCUUGGACGAAUGCCAUACCUUAAGCCAUAUAUUGCAUAUCUGUUUCCUACUGCUCGCUUCAGGGACUCGGCCAAAGGAUUGGCCCAAUUAACUGGACUGGCUUCCACCCAAGUGGCAGAACGACUUGAUAAUCCUCCACCUGAAGAGCGUAUAGAUCUUCUGACUCGUGCCAUCGAGAAACAAGACCGAGAUGUUGAGGGCAACAUAAUUGACAGACGUGAAUUAGUCAUUGUGGCUUUCACGCAACUCAUCGCUGGUAGCGAUACGACCUCUAACAGUCUUAGUUCCAUCGUAUACUAUGUCUCCAAGGCAUCGCAAGUCAUGAAGAAAUUGCAAGAAGAGCUCGACGCCGCCAUCCCCGACGAUGUUCUUGUCCCCACCCACGACAUGGUGCGCAACCUGCCUUAUCUCAACAGUGUUAUCAAAGAGGCCCUGCGACAUUACAGUCUGAUUGGACUCGGCUUACCACGCGCACAAAAUGUCAAAUGUGGACACGGCCUGACAUUUGAAGGACACUACUUCCCACCAGGCACAACUCUGAGCGUGCCAUCAUACACAAUCCAUCACUCGCAGGAAAUCUGGGGCCCGGAUUCAUGGGAAUUCAAACCUGAGCGUUGGGAGUCUGUCACGGAGAGACAGAAGAAUGCCUUUCUCCCCUUUAGUACGGGUCCUCGUGCUUGUAUUGGACGGAACUUGGCUGAGAUGGAGAUGAAGAUUGUGACCGCUGCAUUUUUCAAAAGGUAUACCAGUGAAUGCCACAAGGAGAUGGCUGUGUUUGAGGGCCUGCUGAGGAAGCCGCUGCCCAUGCCGACCACGAUUAGACACCACGUCCUCGGUCGACCUUCCACUCAGUUCCGAAAGAUCCAGGUUCUCGCCGUGGUUUCUUUCUGGUUUUCAUACCUUGUCAGAGGAGACAGCCAUGGCCCACCAGGACUGCGUCUGCUCUCCAGCAGACUUCGAGAUCGUCUCACGCCAUGGCAGACAAUGGUAAUCACCGUCCUGUGGCUCUACGUCGCCCGAAAUUUCGCAAAGAUCAUGGGCUUCGAAAGCCCCGAGCCACUGGCAAACCUCUAUUCUCGAUCAUAUUUCCGCGCCACCUGGAUUACCACUGCUCUCGACGCCGGGUUCUGGACCGCGAUGAAGAUCAGGCCUAAGUGGUUGAAGGAUAUUGCUUCCAUCGCUUUUAGUGUCUACUAUCUGAUUGCGGCAGAGCAGGCAGAUGAAAAAGUUCGCCGUGUGCGAGCAACAAUAACCCUAGAGCAUCUGCGUGUGUCAUGGAACAAAGCCACUACGCCGUACUUGUCCUUUGCCAACGGGCUUCUGCGUCCGAGGUAUAUGAAUUACGCGCCACGGCAAAUCAGGAUUCCCCGUCCGCGAGGGUCUUCAUAUAGAGAACCAGUUAAUGCAUGGCUUUAUUUUAACGGCACACUGGCCGAGUUGCGUGAGCAAACGCAACUUGUUUUGGAUGUUCCAGGCGGUGGAUACGUCGCAAUGACUCCUAGGUCGGCAGACGACAGACUUUUGGCUUGGGCUGGCCGGACUGGCGUGCCCAUUUUGAGCUUGGACUAUCAAAAGGCGCCCGAGUAUCCGUAUCCAUAUGCGUUGAACGAGUGUUUUGAUGUUUAUCGCUCCAUUGUGUUGAGCAGAGGCCGCUGUGCUGGUCUCAAAGGCCAGAGUCGACCUCACAUCGUCGUUUCCGGGGACAGUGCCGGUGGUAACCUGGCCACGGGCAUGACGAUUAUGAUCCUGCAGUCUGGAAGAGGCGAAACUCGCAAGUGGCUUGGUGAGCUUCCGCUUCCAACACCGGAUGGUCUUGUCUUGAUGUAUCCGUCACUGGAUUUGAAUAUCGGCAGCUGGAUGACGGAAGAGCAGAUGUCUCUAAUCCAGGACAGAGGCAUGCGGAAAACAAAUGAGAGCGUAUUAAGGAGGAAGAGUGAAGACUACAGUCGUCUUACACCUAAGCCUUCACGUUCAUUCUCUUCCAAGGCGUCUUCUGGACGCGCUAAUCAACAAGAAGAAGAAGAACAACAACAAGAGUCACCAUCAUCAACAUCCCCAAUAAAGGAUUAUUUCAGCAUUCGCCAUCAUAAGGAACCGCAAAAUUCCGGGACAGUAGAUGCAGCAGGUUUGUCAUCUCAGCUCGCUGCCGCUGUCAGCAAUCAGCCAACACAGAUCAAAACCCGAUUAGCUGUAUCCUCCAUGAUUUCGUACUUUGGAGACCGCGUGCUGACACCGGAAAUGAUGCGUGCAAUGAUCAUUCUAUAUAUUGGCCCGCACAACCGUCCUGAUUUCAAGACAGAUUUCCUUCUAUCACCAGUCCUAGCUCCUGAUGCUAUCCUCGCCGCUUUCCCAAAAACAUAUUUCAUAACCGGUGAGCGAGACCCGUUAGUCGAUGAUACUGUCAUAUUCGCUGGGCGAAUAAGACAAGCUAAGCUCCAACGCUUCCGUGAACGACAGGACUUGGGACUGGAAAAGUCGCAGCUCGAAUUCAAUGAAAAGGAGCACGUGGAAGUGAACCUGAUACCUGGCAUAUCGCAUGGAUUUGUCAAUUUCCCCGGAAUCUUCCCUGACGGUAGGCGACAUAUCCAUAAAUGUGCAAGGUGGAUUGUCGAUUUGUUGGAACAGGCUGCUGAGAAGGAACUCAGGGCUUCUUCUCCUUCUGUUUUUGCGGCUGGCGCUUCUGAUUUCAAAAGCAGCAGCAGCAGCAAGGCUUUACUGAGUCAAGAAAGAUUAUCCCUUGAGGCUCAAGAGGCUGAAGAUCGGAUAGCAGAUGGUGCUCGGGAAAGCAGGCGCAGUUCUUUCGCAGAAUCAUCAGCAGACGAAGAUCAUCCUCUGGAAAUGAACUUAACAAAAUUUACGCCUAUUAAACUGACACAGAAAGAGGAUCCUGGCAUCGCUGCUGUUGAACGGUCAUCUUCCAUUAAAAGGCGCAAUAAUGACAACCUAGCCACGAGUUCGACAGAGAAAAAAAUAAACUCGACGAAAGAAUCAACUUUCCUCUCGAACAACGCGAUUAUAAAGAAGUCACCAGCAGCACCAAAACGCACAAAUAAUAGCUUCGCAAACCGCCGUCGCCCUUCAUCAUUGAGCAUCACCAAAUCUUCAACUAACAGCAACACACCACUUUCUUUUCUACCGUUGCUGAAAUCAGUGAAUUCGAGUAAGGCAGUCCCCAGAAAUGGCGUAGCUGGUGAUGAUGCUGGCAACGAUGAUAAUGAUAAUGACGAUGACGACGACGGUUCCAAGAGUUUUGCCUCUUCCGAGAAUGGGACGACGCUCACUCGUUUACCGAGUGAGGAAGACUUGAUAGGCAGACGGAUGAAUGGGCUGGCAGGUGGAUUGAUGGGGUUGGGAGAGGGUGCACGAACGCCUUGA